AUGGUGAGGCUGACUUGUGCAAAGCUUUCCGACAGGAACGUCGUAUGUGUCGACAUUGGCGAGAGUGAGACGGUGGCAGCGUUGAAGGACGCGAUCCACGUGAAAAAUGAAGAUUUCGAGUGCCUUGCGCGCGAUCUGCGGCUCUUUCUUACGAAAAGGAAAGACUCGUUGUUGAGUGGACGUGGCUUGGCAGCAGUGAAGCUGGAUCAGCAAGGAAACCCAAUUGGAUUCGAGCAGAUGAAGGCCUCGCUAUGGAUCAAUGAGGCUGAAUACUUCGGCAAC